AUGUCAGGAUCAAUCGAGACUCAGUCAUGGGGUCGUUGUUUCCAAGGACUUCUUAUCGUUCAAAUAUUUCUCGCUUAUGUAUUUCUUGUUAGUGGUCUUUUUGUUAAUCUGCUUCAACUUCUCUCAGCAUGUUUCAUAUGGCCAUUUAAUCGAGCUUUGUAUCGAAAGAUUAAUUAUCAUUUAGCAACAAUUAUAUGGAGUCAAAUGACAUUUGUCUAUCAAUGGUGGUCCAAUUCCGAUAUAACGGUUUAUAUUCAACCUAAAGAUUUAGAAAAAAUGCGUCGAGAAAAUUCUUUAUGGUUAGGUAAUCAUCGCUAUGAAGUCGAUUGGUUACUUGGUUGGGUUGUUACACAAAGACUUGGAUUAGCUGGAGGUUCAAAAAUUCUUGGCAAACAGUCUCUUCGUGUAUUACCAAUAAUUGGUUGGUGUUGGUAUUUUACAGAAUCAAUAUUUCUACGGCGUGUUUGGAGUACAGAUAAAGCUAUACUUGAACGUGAUAUAAAACGACUUGUUGAUGAUUAUCCAAAAAAUUAUUAUUUUACUUUAUUUCUAUCAUGUGAAGGAACUCGUUAUACAAAUGAAAAACGUCUUGAAAGUAUGGAAGUAGCACGACAAAAAGGUUUACCUGAAUUGCAACAUCAUAUUUUACCAAGAACAAAAGGUUUUGUUCUUGUUAUGAAAGGCAUUCAUAACCAUAUUACUGGAAUUUAUGACAUAACAGUUGCAUUUCAAAGUCCAAAAAAUCCUGAAUUAUCAAAUCUUUUAAUGGGUCAACAAUGUCAAGGUGAAGCUUUUGUUCGACGUAUUCCAGUAUCGGAAGUUCCAUAUGACGAUGAAGAAAAAUCUGCUCAAUUUAUUCAUAAACUUUUUCAAGAGAAAGAUAAAGUAUUUGAACAUUUUGUACAACAUGGAACAUUUGAUGGAGCUGGUAAUCCUAAAGCACCAGAUUUAAAACGUAGAAAACAAGAUUUAAUUAUUGAACUUAGUUGUUUAAUUCUUAUUGGACUACCAUCAAUUUAUUUAUUCAUUCAAUUUUUAUUAUUUGGCUCGCUUUUUUCACAGAUUAUCUUUCUUUGCAUUGUUAUGGCAGGUAAUUUUAAAAAAUAUCUUUUUUAA